GCAGAAAGAAAACAGCCAUGACUGAUAUUGGAGAAAUCAUCAAAGCUCUUAAUGAUUUUGGCCGAUUCCAACAUUGGCUGGUACUGAUGAUCACUAUAAUUUCACCCUUCGUUGGUUUUCAUAUGUUCAGCCAAUUAUUCAUGGUCCUUCCAGUGUCUCAUCACUGCAACACUAAUUGGUUGGACACCGUCCGCUUGAACUUGACCGAAGAGGAGAAGCUGAAUUUGACCAUUCCCCGAAAACCUGACGGGACCUUAGAACAAUGUCUCAUGUAUACUCCUGUGGAAACCAACUUGGAGACCAUCCCGCAGUCUGGAUUGAAUUCAACAGAGAAGUGCCAAGAUGGAUGGAUUUAUCCUUCCAAUCCAAAACCUUCUCUGGUUACUCAGUUCUCCCUGGUGUGUGACAGAAAGGAUUUAAUUGAUAUCUCACAGUCCGUCUUCAUGUCGGGCCUCCUCGUUGGAGCAAUUGUGUUAGGACCGUUGAGCGAUUGGUGUGGCCGACGACCCAUUGCCUUGUUAUCUCUGUUCCUGGAAGGGGUGGCUGGAGUUGCUGUAGCCUUUGCCCCCAGUUUUUACCUCUAUUGUGCACUCCGAUUUCUGCUGGGAACAGCUCUUUCUGGAAUCUCUAUAAGCAGCAUAGCUCUCUGCACUGAAUGGGUCGGCAUUGCCUAUCGUCCACACACCCUGAUCGUUAGUCAUGUGACUUUUGCUUUGGGACAAAUGAUCCUGGCUGGGUUAGCUUACAGCCUUCAGGAUUGGCGGCACCUUCAGAUUGCUGGUUCUGCCCCAAUUUUUCUUUGCUUUUUCUACAUAUGGGUCCUUCCUGAGUCCGCUCGGUGGCUUGCAAUGAAAGGCAAAGUAGAGGAAGCUAAAAAACGUCUCCAAAAAGCAGCCUCCGUAAACAAGCGAACCAUCCCUCCGAAACUGUUAGAGCAGCUAAAACUUGAAAAGAAAGCCAAGUCUUCAACAACACUUUUGGAUCUCGUUAGGAAUCCCCAAUUAGCAAAAGUGACCCUGAUAAUUUCCCUAAUCUGGUUUGUCAAUAGUUUGGCCUACUAUGGAUUAAGCCUGAAUGUUGGCAGCUUCGGCCUGAAUAUCUACCUGACACAGGUCAUCUUUGGGGCGGUUGAAAUCCCAGCCCGAAUCCUUUGCGUCUUCCUCAUGCAAUGCUUGGGAAGGAAGAAGUGCCAGUCGCUGUCCCUCUUCCUGGGAGGGGUCUUUUCUCUUCUGAUCAGCGCCGUGCCCAAAGAUUUACCUGUGGUAAUCACCAUGCUGGCUGUCCUUGGAAAGUUUACCAUGGCAGGCUCAUUUUCAACGUCCUAUGUAUAUUCAGCAGAGCUGUUCCCGACUGUUAUCCGGCAGACCGGACUCGGAGUAUGUCAGAUGACAGCCCGAGUAGCUGGAAUCAUCUCCCCACUGAUUGGUCUCCUGGGCAAAUAUCACACCUCUCUGCCCGUGGUGAUCUUUGGAAGUACAGCUGUUCUUGGUGGCCUCUUUUCUCUCCUUCUCCCAGAGACGCUUGGCAAGGAACUCCCUGAUUGUAUGGAUGAUCUGACCCACAAACCAAGGAAGAGCAAGGAAGCCAGUGACAGCGUGGAAAAUGGAUGUACAAAACCAAAUAAAGACAAUUGUAUUAGUGAAAGGAUAACCAGCACACAUUUCUAAGUCCAUGGAUGGAUCGAGCCAGCAUGUCAAGGAUGCAGACUGGAGAAAAAUUGGUAGAUUUCUCUGUACUGUGAGCAGAGCAGGAAAAAUUGGUGUACUUGUUUAGAGAGUAAAUAUCUUUCACAUAUUAGGCUACAACAUAACACAGUUCAUGUGAUUUGGCUUAGUGGGAUCCAUGCCAUAAAGUGAUGGAUAAAGUCAGCCAUUCUUGGUUUAAUCAAGAAACCAUGGUUUAUUAUAAUAGGUGCACCGGGUCAUUGAGUACACCAGUUGCUUUCAAUGGGACUUAUUUUGCUAAUGAUGGUUAAUCUAUUCUUACUCUAAUUGCCAAUGCACUGCUUUUGUUUAAGGUAUUUUUUUAGUUAGAAUUGUUAGCUUUUUUUUUAAAGGAAAUCGGUUUAAACACUAGUUUAUCAUUCAUGAGUUAAAUCUGUAACAACAUGCGAAGCAGAGGAAAAAAUAAAGCAGGAGUAAAUCUAUUCAACUUUGUGCAAACACAGCCAACAAUUCUGUUGAAUUCAGAAACUCUUUUCUACUUUGGAGAUUUAACUUGGUGCCUUGGCACGGGGUGAUUUUACCUUUAAAAUCUACACCCAGUGAAACCAAAUAUGCAAUUAGUAAUUGCAGAGGUCUUUUUUUUUUUUAGGGAAAUUGCAGGUGAGGACCUCCCAUUCUGAAAUGGGACCAAGAGUUUUCAUUUUGCUGAUUCUUCUCAGAUGUUCUCAAUCCAAAUUAUCACCUUUCCACAUCAGCAUUUUGCUUUCUUUCUCCCAAUCUUUGGCUUUACUUUCUUUCUUUCUUUCUUUCUUUCUUUCUUUCUUUCUUUCUUUCUUUCUUUCUUUCUUUCUUUCUUUCUUUCUUUCUAAAGGAAAAGAUUGUUCCUAUUCUUGAGUUGUUGUUCUUCAGGUCGGCCACACCCAAAUCUCUGGAAUUUCUUUGAUUCUCCUUUGUCUGCAUGUCACCAAUAACAAAAAAACACCAAAACACUUAUUACCACAUAAAGCUUCCUUUUGGGGGGAAAAAUUCAUUUCUUUAAAAAAAAAAAAAAAAGGAUGGUGAAUGCCAGCAAAGAUGAAGCUAAGAAAUGCAGAUUUUUAAGGAAGAGGGAGAUCUUAGGGCAGACAUAACAAAACAAUAUAGAAAAAUUGGUUUGGUUGUCUAUCCUUCCAUGCUAAGGGGGCAACCCACAUAAAACACCCCAUGAGAAGCUGAACAUGAUGAGCAGCUGUCAUUUAAAACAGCAGAUGGACGAGAAUGAGUUGGGGGUGGGUGAUCUUGAAUGGGACAAUUUUGGUGGAAUAUGGGACCAAGAGAGAGCAAACUUUAGAUAGUUUGAUUGAGAAGGUCAAGAUGGACCCUCCCUAGAAGUUCUCAGAGUAUAUCUUCAAUGAUGCAAGCAAUUGUUUUAGUGGGACAAGAGUGCUUCUAUGGGUGAAGAACAAUAAAGGAAAUUGCUCAGAAGUAACUCUGUAUGUCUUUCUUGGUUUUUUGGGUGUGUGUGUGUGACAAUAAUAAAAAUAGAAGUAUAUGGCUGUGUGGAUGGUCAUCUGUGAAUUAAUAGCCAGUAGGACGUCUAUAAUGUAAGAUGAAUCCUGAAGAACAUUGUUGGCAACAUAAGGACAACUCAUAAUCUGAGGAGCCAUAGAGAGGUGGUGGUCUGUGUGGUCUGGAUAGACCUUAUUUUUUAUCCAGUUGUCCCCAUGUACAUAUUAUUGUCACAGCUUUUGACUGUGACUGUGCAUCCACCACGAUGAGGCUCCCAAGAACCUGUCAACCAGCUACUGGAUCAGGAGAUGAAUUAGAUUCGGUUGAGAUCAAUAUUUGGGCUGGGGUCCUUUAGAGUCAUUGUCCAUCCUUCCAUAAAUGGUAUUGAAUGUCCCACAAUUACAUUUUGAAUUGAUCCCAAUGAGGAGGACUGUUAUUAUGAUGAAAAGUUCUUUUAAAUUACAUCCCAGCCUGCUUAGAAGAACAUCAAAAGCUUUUGAGAAGUCCAACAGAAUCAUUCAGAUCUAGUUUGGUUUAGUGGUGAAAGCUCCCAGCCAACUUUUAUGUCUAAGGUGGAACUGGAAUUCACAGUCUCCUGGUUUUUAGGCCAGCACCUUAACCACUGCACCAAACUCCCUCUCAUUUCAUGUCACUUCUUCAGCAGAUCAUGUGCAGAUAUAACAAGGUGAAACCCUAAAGGUGAGGUCUUGCAAAGAAUCUCUCAGCAUCCUUGGGUUGUACAAAUGGAGCAAUAUUCAGUGUAUCUGGCAAGAAGGACUCCAAGUUACAUCAGCUGGACAAAGAACUAAUUAUAAUAUUCAUGUUGGCAUGUGAUGUGAUACAAGCAAUUUCAUUUACAAAACAUCAUACAUACUGAUCGCAAUAAAUGAUUUGAAUGGCCUCUAUUUUUCUUCACAUGGACCGUUGUGUAAAAAAGCUCAGCUAGAUGUCUCUGUUGUUGCUAUCUGAAACAUUGUUUUGGUAUUCAAAUGGGAUCAGAAUUGUAUCCCAAAUAAUUGCCCGGCUAAUUAUGGUGAACAGUUGACAAAGUGAGAGGGUUUUUGGUGACACUGUAGUCUUUUGGUUGUCUAACCUGGCCUAGGAAGCAGAAGAAUGAAGUCACGCUCCUAAGAUGCCUUCAAAAGCACAGCUAUCUUGACCAAAAUGGCCUGUUUUUCUCACGUGCAUGAGAUAGUAGUUGCAGAUCUAAGAUUUCCCAGCUCCAGAUAUACAGGCUGUCCUAAA